AUUGCGACUCUGCGAGUAUUGCUAUAUUCAAGCAUGUGAUGAUUUGUGAACACUGAUCAAACACACACAACAAUAAAAAGAGCAAAAGUAAAAGUAGCAAGAGAAAAUUAAUAAUUGGACAAUGAAAACUAGUGGUUUUAAAAUCUAUCCAAAGGAAAAUAAACAGAAAAAUUUUAUUCUUUUAUUUGGCUUGAUCAUCUAGCUGGUGUCUUAUAUAUAUAACUAUUAGCUUUCUCUUGGGAAUUGGGAUUUAUUUGCAAAAGUACAAACGUGAAGGGAGAAGAGAGGAGAGGUACAGGAAAAAAAGAGAUAUUUUGAGUUUUGCAAAUGUCUUCAACAGUGCUAUCUUCAGUUUAUGUAGUUUGCAGUGAUUCCGCUGGGGUUGCAGGUAACAUAUUUGCUUUUGUGCUGUUCUUGUCACCUAUAUCAACAUUCAGGAGAAUAAUCAGAAAUGAGUCAACAGAACAAUUCUCAGGAAUGCCCUACAUAUAUACCCUCUUGAACUGCUUGAUAUGUCUCUGGUAUGGCAUGCCCCUUGUAUCUCCUGGUAUUAUCCUGGUGGCAACAGUCAAUUCCAUUGGAGCAGUUUUCCAAUUAAUUUAUAUCACCAUUUUUAUUAGAUAUGCUGAAAAGCCAGUGAAGUUGAAGAUGUUGGGAUUCUUGAUAUCAAUUUUUGCAAUAUUUGCUUUGAUAGUUUUUGUGAGCCUGAGAUUCUUGGACCCUCCAUCACGGCAACUUUUUGUUGGAUAUUUAAGUGUUGCAUCUCUGAUUUCCAUGUUUGCUUCUCCUCUACUCAUAAUUAAUUUGGUGAUCAAAAUGAGAAGCGUUGAGUACAUGCCAUUCUCACUCUCCCUUGCAACAUUCUUGAUGAGUCUGGCUUUCUUUGUAUAUGGAAUGUUCAAGCAUGAUGCUUUCAUCUAUGUUCCAAAUGGAAUUGGAACAGUUCUGGGGACUGUCCAAUUGGCCUUGUAUGCCUAUUUUAAUAGUGCUUCUCAAGAGGAGUCGAGGCAUCCCCUGAUAGAUCCUUGAAAGGGAGCUCAGCUAGUGUAUAGAAUAUAGAAUGAACACUGUUUGCCACUCAGCUUUUCCAGUUUGAUUGGCAUAGAAUGUUUUUCCUUUCCCCUUGUUCCUGUGAGAAGAUCAUGCAAAUUGAUAUAUAUAUAUAGCUGCAAAAUGCAAAAGCAAA